AUGGAGCUGUUUGAUGAGCUGUUUUAUCUUGUACUGAAAAGUAGAACUACAGGAUUGAAAUUCAGAACAAAUCUGCGGAAAUACUACUUCAUUGUAAGGAUGUUCAAGGGAUCCGAAAUGAUGAAGAGAGUUGAACACUUCUACACAAGGAAUAGCGGCCGUCUCUGUGGCUAUACACCUAAGGACAAUUACCGAAAUGAAGACUAUCUGCUAUCGGGUAUGAGAGAAACCUCGAUCAGCAUCAGGGUGACUUCGUGUGACUUUGUCAUGCCCUGGAAAGAGCUGACAGAAUACCAGCGGAAUUCAAUGCAACAGAAGUACUCGGAUGGUUGCGAAUGCGAGAUUUUUAGUUGUUAUUUUAUUAGUAAUAAUUUCAACCAUUCGAUCAAUUUCUUUCAGGUGACAACCCCCAAAUUCCCCGUUGUUGUCAAAAUGGGGCACGCUUACUCUGGAAUGGGGAAGGUCAAAGUAAACACUCAGUAUGAUUUCCAGGACAUAGCAAGUGUUGUUGCCCUCACUAAGACCUACGCCACUACCGAGUCUUUCAUUGAUGCCAAAUAUGAUGUCCGUAUCCAGAAAAUCGGCAGCAACUACAAGGCUUACAUGCGAACAUCCAUUUCAGGAAGCUGGAAGGCUAACACUGGUUCAGCUAUGUUGGAACAGAUUGCCGUAUCUGACAGGUACAAGCGAUGGGCUGACGAAUGCUCGGAGAUUUUUGGCGGCAUCGAUAUCUGUGCUGUGGAGGCCAUUCGGGGAAAGGACGGACGUGACUACAUUAUCGAGGUGAUGGACAGCGCAAUGCCUUUGAUUGGGGAACACGAGGAAGAGGACAGACAUUUGAUAGCGGAUUUGGUUGUGAUGAAAAUGAGUCAGAUUCUAAGCCGGACGCCCAUGCCCUCGCCAGUCAGACCCACCCAGCCGGCGGGCACCGAUCCCCCCACCCAGGGCCCACCACGACAGAGCCCAGGCCCUCAGCAAAGUCUCGUCCCCCAGCAGCGACCCCCACCUCAAGGAGGCCCACAGCAACCCCAGAGACAAGCCCCCCCCAGCCACCACCGACCCCCGCCACAAGGCCAACCCGUGCAGGGCUUGGGACCCCAACCUCCUCCUCAGCAACAGCAGCGACUGCCGAGCCCCUCCACCCAACAGCCGCCCGUCCAGCGCCAGAUGAGCCCCGUGGGCCAAGGUCAACCUCAGCGCCCGAUCAGCCAAGGCCCUCAACAGCCUCGGCCUUCUCCAUCCCCGCAGCUGCAGAGGAACCCAGGGAGCGGAGGCCAUCAGUCCCCUCAGCGACAGGCCUCCCCUCAACACCAGAGGCCAAUGGGGGCAGGAGGGCCCCAGCCCAAGCCCACCCCAACCGGCCAGCCCUCCUCCCACAGGCCGUCCGCAGCCGGGAGCCAACCCCAACCCCAGCACGGCAGGCAGACAGCUCCGGCCGGCCAGCCAGCCCAGCCCAGGCAACCGGGGGGCCAGCCGGGCCCCGGGGGACGUCACUCCGGGUCCCAGAGCCAGCAGAGGGGCCCUCCGCAGCCACACCAGCCCCCACAGCCCUCCCAGCAGGCCAGGCAGGCAGCACCCACCACCCAACAGCCCCGAGGGAUGGGGCAAGGCCAACAAGGGCAACCGCUGACCAGGGCACCCGCCCAACAGGCGCCCGCUCAACACAAGCCGUCACAGCAAGAUCCCAUCGGCCCUCACCCUCAGAUGAA